AUGAGGUUGAUCCUGUUUUUUGGUACCCUUUUUGGGUAUAUCUACUGUCAACAAACAUUUGUGGGAGACCAAGUUCUUGAGAGCAUACCAAGGAAUAAAAAAUAAAUAAAACAUCUGGUGGAAUUGGAGGCUGAAGAACAUUUUUAGCUUGAUUUCUGGAAAUCACCCACCAACCUAAGGCAGACAGCCCAUGUCCGAGUUCCCUUUGUCAGCAUCCAGGCAGUCAAAGUUCUCCUGGAGUCCCAGGGAAUUGCUUAUUCCAUCACGAUUGAAGACGUUCAGGUUCUGUCGGACAAAGAGAAUGAAGAAAUGUUAUUUAAUCAGAGAAGAGAAUGGAAUGGUAACUUCAACUCUGAGGCUUAUCAUACCUUGGAAGAGAUUUCCCAAGAAUUGGAUCACCUCGUUGCUGAGCACCCUGGUCUAGUGAGCAAAGUGAAUAUUGGCCAUUCUUUCGAAAACUGGCCCCUGAACGUGCUCAAGCUCAGCACUGGAGGAGACAAGCCAGCCAUCUGGCUAGACACCGGAAUGCAUACUCGAGAGUGGGUUACACAAGCUGUUGCACUGUGGACAGCAAAUAAGAUUGCUUCUGAUUAUGGAAAUGGUCCAUCCAUCACUUCCAUUUUGGACAUGGUGGAUAUCUUCCUGCUGCCAGUCACAAACCCUGAUGGAUAUGUGUUCUCUCAAACAAAGAAUCGCGUGUGGUGCAAGACCCGGUCCAAGGUAUCUGGCAGCCUCUGUGUCGGUGUUGAUCUGAACCGGAACUGGGACGCAGGUUUUAGAGGACCUGGAGUCAGCAACAACCCCUGCUCCGAUUCAUACCACAGACCCAGUGUCAACUCUGAAGUUGAAGUGAAAUCCAUAGUGGACUUCAUCAAGAGGCAAGGAAACUUCAAGGCCUUCAUUACCUUUCAUAGCUAUUCCCAGCUGCUAAUAUUCCCGUAUGGGUAUGCAUGUACAACAGAUAAUUUUAAUGAGCUGAAUGAAGUGGCCCAAAAGGCUGCUCAAUCUGUGAGAAGCCUGCAUGGCACCAAGUAUCAAGUGGGACCUAUCUGCUCAGUCAUCUACCAAGCCGGUGGAGGAAGCAUUGACUAGUCUUAUGACUUUGGCAUCAAAUACUCAUUUGCCUUUGAACUAAGAGGCACAGGUCGAUACGGCUUCCUCUUGCUGGCCAAUUAGAUCUUGCCUACAGCUGAAGAAACCUGGCUUGGCUUGAAGACAAUCUUGGAGCAUGUGUGAGACCACCCCUAUUAG